GAGCUGCAGGGGCAGCGCAUACACUACAAUGGCUGCUGGAAAGAGGCGUAAGGAAACAAUUUCCAGGCCCGCCGCGUCCAGCCCGAAAUAUGAGAAAAAAAUUAUUAGAAAUUCCGCGGGCGGUGUAAAGGCGGCGGACGGGCCGGAGGGAGGAUGUUAAAGCCCCGCGGCUACCUGUCAGUGCUACCUUGGUGGUGUUGGGCACCCAGAAUGCUUCCAUCUCUGAUGACCUAUUAAUAAGGUGGCCUCGCUAGAGUUUGGAACAGGGCCUCAGUUACUUUACUGUCAUUUAUGGGAAACAGCAGUGAAUAAAACUGGCCUGAGCCUGCCCUGAGCUGCCUACAGUUGACUGCUCAUUCUCUGAAGAUUGGCCAAAAUGGGAAGGACUGGAUUCUGCUCUCUUCGACGAAGACUUAAUGGGACUGGCUAAGAUCAAAGUCUGAGGCUUUUCCAUCACUAAUCAGUCCCUUUUUGCUUUCUUUUACGACCACAUGAAACUUGAGAAGCCACCUAAAGCUAUAUCACUUAGUGGAGUUGGGCAGUUCCCAGGUGUCCAACAAGAAGGCCUGGUUUAGGCUGCGAUGGCCACUGUCAUUCCUGGUGAUUUGUCAGAAGUAAGAGAUACCCAGAAAGCCCCUUCAGGGAAACGUAAGCGUGGUGAAAGCAAACCAAGAAAAAACUUUCCUUGCCAACUGUGUGACAAGGCCUUUAACAGUGUUGAGAAAUUAAAGGUUCACUCCUUCUCUCACACGGGAGAGAGGCCCUACAAGUGCACACACCAAGACUGCACCAAGGCCUUUGUUUCUAAGUACAAAUUACAAAGGCACAUGGCUACCCACUCUCCUGAGAAAACCCACAAGUGUAAUUAUUGUGAGAAAAUGUUUCACCGGAAAGACCAUCUGAAGAACCACCUCCAUACACACGACCCCAACAAAGAGACCUUUAAAUGCGAAGAGUGUGGCAAGAGCUACAAUACCAAGCUUGGUUUUAAGCGACACUUGGCCUUGCAUGCUGCCACCAGUGGUGACCUCACCUGCAAGGUGUGUUUGCAGCCUUUUGAGAGCACAGGUGUGCUCCUAGAGCACCUGAAAUCUCAUGCGGGCAAGUCAUCCGGGGGCGUGAAGGAGAAAAAACACCAGUGUGAGCACUGCGAACGCAGGUUCUACACCCGGAAGGAUGUCCGGAGACACAUGGUGGUGCACACGGGAAGAAAGGACUUCCUCUGUCAGUACUGUGCACAGAGAUUUGGACGAAAGGAUCACCUCACUCGACACAUGAAGAAGAGUCACAACCAGGAGCUUCUCAAGGUCAAAACCGAACCAGUAGAUUUCCUGGACCCAUUUACCUGCAACAUGUCUGUGCCUAUAAAAGAUGAACUCCUGCCAGUCAUGUCCUUACCUUCCAGUGAACUCUUGUCAAAGCCAUUCACAAACACUUUGCAGUUAAACCUCUAUAACACUCCAUUUCAGUCCAUGCAGAGCUCUGGGUCUGCUCACCAAAUGAUAACAACUUUACCUUUGGGAAUGACAUGCCCCAUAGAUAUGGAUGCUGUUCACCCCUCUCAUCAUCUUGCUUUCAAAUGCCCAUUCAGUUCUACCUCAUACGCAAUCUCUAUUCCUGAAAAAGAACAGCCAUUAAAGGGGGAAAUUGAGAGUUACCUGAUGGAGCUACAAGGUGGCGCACCAUCUUCAUCCCAGGAUUCUCAAGCAUCGUCAUCUAAGUUAGGGUUAGAGCCUCAGAGUGGGUCCCCAGAUGAUGGUGCUGGGGACCUCUCCCUGUCAAAGAGCUCUAUCUCUAUCAGUGACCCCCUCAACACACCAGCAUUGGAUUUCUCUCAGUUGUUCAAUUUCAUACCAUUAAAUGGUCCCCCUUAUAACCCACUUUCAGUGGGAAGCCUUGGGAUGAGCUAUUCCCAGGAUGAAGCGCAUUCUUCUGUUUCUCAGCUGCCCACACCAUCACAGGAUCUUCAGGAUCCUGCCAACACUGUGGGUCUUGGGUCUCUGCACUCACUGUCAGCAGCUUUCACCAGCAGCCUAAGCUCAAGCACUACCCUGCCCCGUUUCCACCAGGCAUUUCAGUAGAGUCUGGGCCAAGGGCCUCACCCAGAGGUGCUUGUGUAGCCCUGCCUGCGAUGACCAUUUAUAUUCUAGUGCCUACUUUUAAUACAAUACAAAAACUUCUGCUUUUGUAUGAUAUCAGGUUUUAUGAAGCCAGUAAAUAAUAGGAACUAGCCUCUUCGAGAAGCUUUGAAAUCGUUCGUGUUUAACUACGUUUGCUAUUUCUCCUGAUUUCCUGCCAGUUGUCAUAGUCUCAGAGUUCUGUUUCAUAUAGGAGCGCCAUUAUUAUCACUAAAUUUUACAAGUCCUAUGUUCAAAUUACUGUUAGACCUUAAAAUUUUCAUUUUUGUCUAAUAGCAAUGGGCAUUGGACAUUUUUUUUUGCAAAUAUGCAGUACAAUGUAAAUCUUAUGAAAUGUGUGUGAAUAACUGAAGUGUUUCACAUUUUUUACUAGCCACUAAAUGGAUUCAUAAUUAAGUGUGUUUUAAAUGAGUUAAGAAUCCAGUUUGGGGAGAGUAUAGUAGUUUCUUAAAUAUACCAUCAUUUCAGAUCAAUUUAUUUGAGGACUGCUAUUGUCUGGCUAAAAUAUUAUAAGAAGUUUCAGUAUCUAAAAGAAACCUAGAGAGGUUGCAGGGUGUUGUGUGUUAGCACUAGCCCUCAGGCUGGUUUGCCACAUUUCAACCAUCUUUCCAUUAACUGUGUGGCAUCGGAGUCGUCAGGAUCAGUGUAGAAAGGUUUUGUUGAAUGCCUGUCACCUUUCAUACCCCAGGAUGGCUUCAGUAUACCAGCGUUCUUAUUUUGCAUGUUGGUCCACAGUUAGUCCAGAGUCUUAGAGCCAUUGUGGGACAAUAGACAGUAAAUAUGUGAAAGCUAAAAUGGCUGGGCUGCCUCAAUCGCCGGGGUGAUAGACUCCUCAACAGGAAGAUGGAUGUAAGACAUACAGCCAAACCCCAGAACUUGUCUAGAGAAUUUCCACGGUUGUCAGAGCUGAAAACUGGACUCCUUGGGUGCAGAGUAAAAGCCUAUCACAUCACUUCUAAAGCAGUCUUGCCUGGUGUGCUCUUACUCAGUGCAUAUCCAUCUUUUCCUGCUGUGUUUGGAUGGAGAACUUAAAAAUUAGACCCAUCAGGAAGCAACUUGAGGAGUUCCACAGUUUUACACAACCAGAAGUUGUAAGACCCCACUUUUACACAUCUCUGGGAAACAGGAGGAAUGUUAGAAAUAAGUUGAAUCUAUAGCGGAAACAGAGGAAAAGAAAGCAAACACCAAACGCAUAUGAGUGCGCCAAGGAUGUGGAAUGCGCUGAGUGAGGUAGCGAUGGACUGCCUCUUGUCAGACAGCCACCAGGAAUGUGAUCAAUGGUUCCAUGUAUAUCUUCCUAAGGGUUAUUUGUGGCAUCAACCUAUGAGAUGUAUCUAUUAAGCACUUGUUAACACCUUAUUUGGGGACCCCCUCUGUUGGGGCCGGGGUGAAGGGAGAUUUAUAGAAGAAUAUGUAUCUCUUUUUUAAAAGAAAGAAAGAAGAAGAAGAAACUAUUUUUUAAUUUCUGAGCACUCGUUAGCCCUGUGUGGGGAAGCUCUUUCCCUUCCGUAAGGACCAGUUAUCACUGCAUAUUGCAUUGUUUACCCAUCAUCCUAAACAUAAUUACAGAUUACUGACGAUAAUGCAUUAUUUGCAAUGCCUGGGAGUAGUCUAAAUUGAGGAGAAGUGUAAACUGUCAUGUGAAUGGGGCUUUCCCUCUAUGUCAUACACACGCCUAGUGCACUUCAUAGAAUCAGAGUUGCUCUCUAGAGGGCUCAAGCUCCUGGUUCUAACCCUAGAACAGUAGUUUUUAUACUUAUGUAUUUAAAUUUUAUUGUGAAAAAUACAUUUUAUUAAAAAGUGUUCCAAAGGCAUUAAAAUUAUAUAUGUUAAUAAGGAAAUACAUGUUUAACUCUUCAAGCUGCUCCUAAGCUGUGAGUGGGAGCACACUCACUCUGAAAGUGGGCUCUUAGCUCUGCUUCAUGACCGCUUCCUUAGUUUCUAUGAAACAGAUCACUUACCUAAUGUUCUAGUUGGAUGGUUAGUGUUCAAUAUUGCUUUAAUCACCACUUAAAAAGGAGGGGACAUUUGGUGACAGAGCACAAGUAAAUAAAAAACCUAUUUUUAUGUAGAGUUCACAAGCACCACAUAUUAAAGCACUAGUUUAUUCUAUCUAAAAUUUGCUUAAGAAGUCACAUUAAUGACCUGAGACGUUGGCCUUCAUAGGCUGUAUGUAUUUCACUGCUAAUUGAAAAAAGGGAGUACCAGGAUAUAUGAAAUAAAGCGUUUUGAAAUGGGAAUGGCGCCAUAUAUGUAUAUAUAUAUAUAAAACAAAUAUAUUUUUAUCCUAACUCUUACCCUGCAUGGAACUCUAGUAUACAUCUUCCAGGGUACCAGUGUUAAAAUGUAGAGUCUUAAUUUUCUUUGUAUGUACACCUCUUUGCCUGUUGCUGCCCCCGCAGACUUGAAUAACACUUCAAAGUAAGAGGGAAAGAAGCAAAUUUGUUUUUUUUGUUUUUGUUUUAUUGACUGCAGUGGUCACUAAACCCUUUUUUGAUAGAUUUUCUAUUAAAAAUCAGGCAGCUUUUUUAAUUGCACAAUGUUUUAACAAGGACAUAACACAGAAUUGGCUCCCUUCUUCCCCAUAGAAAAUUCUGUCACUUGUUUUAUUUGAAAUAGGACUGCUUAGUGCGAUAGGUCUUGCCAAUGCCCUUUUCAUUCUCCAUGGUCCUUGGAAUUUCUGAUAGUGCCUUAGCAUGGCUGAAAGAAAAGGGAUUAACAGUAACUGAUACUGUUUAUUGUAGCGUUUGGACCUCAGAUGAGAUGCUGAGCCCCAUUCAGUUUGACUUCCACAUGUGUGUGCAAACGGCAUGCAUCUGCGGGAACGUGAGUGCAGAAAGGCCUGGCACUGUAAGCAAUAUAAUCCAUUGAUAUUUACCAAUACCACCUUUGUAGUUAUUGUCUCAUAAGCUUUCAUUUAAAAAUCCUAUUACUUGUUCAGUUUUCUACAAUUUAAGUUGCCUUGGUGGAUCUUGCACCAGUCUGUGUGCAGCUUUUUUAUUUCAAUCAGCGUUUCCUUCAAGAUGUGUGGGGUUUUCCCCUAUUUGUUGCUUGUGCUUUAUUUUUCUAGUCAUUUGUGGAAUAUAGUGAUAUAUUGUGUUAAUUUGGACAGUGGCGGUUUUUUAAAACCAUAUACUGACUGAACCAUGAGCCAGAGCUGAUUGCUUUAUUAAGCUAAUAAUGAAUGUUAUAGAGUACAUAUUUCAGGAUUGUUCAUCUAGUGAGCAGUACACAUAUAGGCCAAUUAAAAAAUAGAGCUUGGUCAACCUCUAUACUUCACAUACUACAAGAUAUAGCACUUUCAAAAUGAACCUAAAUUUCUACAGAAACUUUCCUCUAUGUUAUGCCUUUUAUUUUUAAGACUUAUUAUAUUCAUUUCAAGUGCCAUUAGAUGAUAUAUAUGUAGGCCUUUGAUAUAUAAUGCUUUGUGUACAAAAAAAUGGUAGAUGAUAUUUUAAACAGGUACAUUUUUACAGUGUUUUCUUACCGAUUUGCUAUAUUGCACAGAAUCAGUGUGUGUCUUUUCAUAAGGUUUUACAAUGGGUUAUUUUUUUUACAAGGUUUACGUAUCUCAAAGCACACUGUCUUCCCAGUCCAUAAGUAAGUUAAAAAUACCAGUUUACCCAAGUUGCUUCUAGCCUACUGAGAUCCAUGUGACAUUGAAGGAGAUCUUUUCAAUGUUGAGUAUUCACCCUUUAAUGAAGGCAGACUGUUUUUUUCUGACAAAUGAGUUCUUGGUGAGUUUGUCUCAUUUUAUUCAUGCUGUCAGCAGCCAGGUCUACAACACAAUGUAACUCGAUUGUGUAGGCCUACAUAAAUACCUAAGUUGUGUUGUACUCACAGAGCACUCCUUUGAGAUUAUGCAAGAUAAUGUCUUCGUAGCAGAUACAGAUCACCAAUAAGCCUUUCUACAAUGUUAGCAGCCCCUGGGGAUGGAAGGCAGUGUCUUUUGAUGAGUUAUUGAUCUCUAAAGAUGACACAGAAUUGUUACUGAUGUAUAAGACGCUUCAUUACGUAAACUUCAGUGGUACAGAUGAACCAGAAUGAAUGUCUGUCUUCUCAGAAGCCCUCCUUCAACAUUAUAUGGGAUCAUGCUGCUACUGUCACUUGGGAUACAACUCUUCAUGGUGCUACAAACUUCUGUCUCAUUCAGUUGUAUUUUUUUAUCCAUAGGAAAAGGACUAUAUAGGUGUAAAGGUGUACAAUAUAUUUUUAUACUGUGACUUUAAAUUGUCAUUAGCAAACUUUUACACCAACACAGUGUAUUCAUGUGCGCUUGCAAAAGGAGAUCUUGGAUGUGCAAAUGUUACCAGAACAAACCCAGCUUUUGUCCACAAAGUGACUGUAACUCAGAAUGGGAAGUGGGCUUGACAUAGGGUGUGGAGUGAAGAACAUGCUGUAAGUACUAACAGCCCUUUGAAUUUAACAAAAACUGGGAAUCCGUUAGAGAAAUGGAUUGCAUCAUGCCUGAACAUAAGCUGACUGCUGAAUAUUUUUUCUUUUUUUUGUUUUUUUUUUUUUUUUUUUUUUUUUUUUUUUUUUU